AUGACGUGUUUCCAUCAACACCUAGUUAAAAGGCUGGACGGUCGCUGCCGCCGCCAGAUGAGUUCGCCAACCACGCGAAGGCAGCUCCACGAGAGAAUCGAUACGAGAUGGGGGAGCAACCCGUCGCUCCGCCGGUUACAGAACCAGCAACGCAAGAGGCCGUGGGCAGUGUGUGUCCCAGUGUAUCACUCCCCGCAUGCCCGAAUCAGCGGCGCGCCGCAGGUCAUCAGGCCAGACGGGGAGUUGAGCGCGUGCUAG